UCUCAGUCUUAAAAUAUCCGGUUUAAUGUAUCACGAAUUUUAUGGUGCGAUGAGUUUGUCUCAUUGUUAUUACAUGGAAUUUCCAUGACCAGCCAGCGACCAUCAGCGAGUCCUCGAGUGUUCUCUCAAGAGGUGUACCGUGUAGAAUGCAGGCGCAAUCUCUGUAUAGCAUUAUCUAAGCCAUGGACCGUUACCCCCACCGACCUAAAUGCACGCCGUAUAAAUGGUCAGAACACCUUCUAACCACUGUCAGUGAGCGUGUGCACCUAAUCUUGCUUUUCUGCAUCAUCCUGCAUCAUUCUGUGAAAAGAGUGCGCGGUAUUAUGUGAUAAUUUUUCGUAUCAUAUAAUCGUCAUUUAUGAUUUUUUUUUUUGAUUAAUUACGGCAUUCACUUUCGCUGCGAUGUAUCUCGAUGAUUCGUAUAAUUGAUGAGCAACCAUCAUGAGUAACAAUAACAAUGACUGUACAGAAAUUCGAAGCGAGACAGGUGAUCGUCAGAAUUCUCUGCAAUGAAAUAUAAAUCAGUUGAUCAAAAUUAACAAAAUUCAAAUCAAUAGUGUAAAGUUAAAGUCAUUGACCUAAAUUAUGAAGUGCGGAUAUUUCGGAGUUAUUGAGUGGUCUCGCAAAAUCGGAUAUCCAAGAGUGAUUGAAGUAUCGUGCUGGAUAUUUAUUUUAUUGAUUGUUUGUUCACGACGGACUCAUUCAUUGGCUUUUGAUAAUACAACGGAUCUUUUUGUUCAAAAAUGUGAAAUGGAAUGCGAUUUAAAGAGAGACUACACAACUUGUGGCAAAUAUAAAGUCGCGAAAUGGUUAAACACAAUAGUAAGAGAAAAGGAAUUUAGUUACGGACCAUUUCGAAUAAUAAGGAUACCAUCGAUUUACAAGCAAUCCUUUUUACCCUAUUUGCCACGUUCUCAAGCAUUUAAAAGUGGUAUAACAGAAGCUCUGAACUUUGUUAGAGAUAGUGUAGAGGAUUUAUUGACAAAACGUGCCAUUGUAUAUACAAUAGACAACUCGGCAGUUGCCAGAGAUGCCAGAGACUUCUCUUCGAAUUUGAUGUUUAUGGAUGAGGAUGAACUUGAGCGGCUAAAGGAUAGCAAAGAACCGGAAGGCGAUUGGCGAAUUUUCAAGAAGAAGAAAAAUAUUAUCUUCCCCAUUCUUAUAUUAUUAAAUUUAAUAAAACUGAAACUAUUGCUGUUACCAAUUUUCCUAGGAGUUCAUUUUAUCAAAAAACUUCUCGUACUUGGGUCAUUAAUUUUACCAUCGGUAUUUGCCCAUUUAAAGAUUUGCAAAGUGCAACACCCUCAUGCGCAUCAUGCACAUCCUUUUCAUCUGUGGUCCACUGCAGCGGAUGCAACAGUAGAUUAUCCAACAGGAUACGGAACGGAUGACAGUAAUUGGCAUAGAAACGAUUAUCAGUUGGGAUAUCCGAGUUAUCAAAUACUUCGCAAUCCUUACGGGUGAAAAUAUAUCAGAGUAAUUCGUGAUCAUCAACGAUAAUAUCGUGUUUGUUAUCUUCUGAUAAGCUUUCGAAGGCGAGUCAAUUACAUCGAAGCACGCGAAAUAACACUUCAACAAGUAGUACAAUUACGAUUAAUCUAAUUGUGAUCCGUGUAUGUGAUCUUAGUAAUUUCCUGUAAAAUUACUCAUGGCAAUUAUGGUGAAUGGAUAUGAAUGAACGUCGCCAAACGCUACGCUUAUCUCGGCUACGCUCGUUCAUCGCUUAUUCUAGCAAAGAACACUCGUGAAAUAACUUUCACAUAGUUUACCGUUAUUUGAGGAAUGUAUUGAUAUAUUUUAACCUUUGCAACUCACGAGUUUUGAGAAAGGAUUAAGAUGUUAAGGACA